GAAGUGCAUAAAAACAACUUACAAACUAUUUUUUCAUAUAAUUGCGAAUAGAAAGCUAAACAAAUCUUACCGAAUAUUAAAAAAGGCAAAUAAGUGCUGAGCUCGCAGCUUGCGUAAAAUGCGUAAUAUCUCUAUUGAGUAAAAAAUAUUAACUUUGCUGCGUUAUUUUAAAACAAAAGUCAAUUAUGAAGAAACUGCAAAAAUAUUUGCUUUGCUUGACGAUUUUAUUAUGCAGCCUUGCUGUGACAAAUGCGAGUCCUUUUAGCGCUCUUGAUGAAAUAUCCGAUUCGGGUGUCGCCCUGGCCAACGCAUCAGAUGAGUCAAGCAGCUCCGUUGAGCAACCUUUGAAGCGACCCAGCGCUGCGGAUUUCUCGGACGAAGAUGAGGAGGACAACGAGGACUAUCCGCUGUACACGAAUAUCGUUGGCAGGGAUCCGCAUAACUGGGAUGUGCUUGUCUUUACACAGCAAUGGCCGGUGACUACGUGCUAUCAUUGGAGGGAGGAGGAUCCAUCGCACGAGUGCACCCUGCCGCAGAAGAAGGAAUUCUGGACCAUCCACGGCAUCUGGCCGACCAAAAUGGGCCAAUUCGGGCCGAACUUCUGCAACAAGUCCGCCGAAUUCCAUCCGGAGCAAUUGGAAGCGAUUAUGGAUCGUUUGAAUACCUACUGGUUGGAUCUGGAAGGAGAAGAAUCGCAGGAUUAUCUCUGGAAGCACGAAUGGCUGAAGCAUGGCACCUGCGCUGCGGCCCUUGAGGCGCUAAACAAUGAGCUGAAGUACUUUGGACAGGGAUUGAAUUGGCGCGAACAGUACGUCAUGUCCAAGAUUCUGGACGCCUCUGGCAUACAUCCCGACUCGAACAAUACGGUGAUUGCUUUGAACAAUGCUUUGGUGCGCGGCCUGGGCAAGAAUCCAUCCAUCCACUGCUUAUACGAUGGCAAACACGGCAUUAGCUACCUAUCGGAGAUACGCAUAUGCUUCAACAAGUCCCUGGAGCUGAUCGAUUGCGAUGGCAUCAAGCUGGGCGAUGUGAUGGCCGUCAGAUACCCAGGUGGCACCGUGAACACCAAUUGUCACAUCAGCAAUCCUGUCCAUUAUCCUAGCCUAGUGCCGCCACUGCAACGCAAGGGCGAGUGGAAAUUCCCCUUGGUCAAUGUCUACAAACUGUUGCAGUUCCUCAUGUGGUUUACACUGUAAAAAACUACCCAUCCGUCUCUCUUUUCGAGUAUUUACUUUGUUUGCAUCAUUUGUUAUAAUCCACAACAA